AUGGCGCUUGAUCCGUCGCGUUUCACCACCACCGAGCUCGUCAGCGGCAGCCCACCGGAGCAAGGAGCUUCCGCUUCCCCUUCCCCCAUUGACGCCGCCGCCACAGCAGCUGAGGCGUCGCUCCCCAUGCCACCGCUUCUGUGGCGCACGCCGGAUGCGGACGGGGACGCCAUGGCCGUGGACGCGGACGACGUCGACAUCGACCUCGGCAUCCUCGGCGACUCCCAGGGCCCCCGCGCCGCCGCCACUAUCGGGUGGAGCAGCGCACGGCGGACGUCCUCCUCCUCCGGCUGCCACCGCCACGCCUCCCCGCAUGGCUGCAUCUCCUCCUCCUCCGACGGCCAUCGCUGCACGCCGCCCCUUCUCCCCGCCGGCCACCGCCCUUCUCCCGGCCGCCAUUGCCGGAUCUCGAUUGCCGGCGCUGCUCCGGGGGGACCUGCCGCCGCCCGGGCCCUCCUCCGUGUUGUCCGAUUCUCCCAAUCCCACCCCCCCACCGCCGCUUUGUGUGCGUCUGCGCCUGCGUCUGCGCCACCGUCACCUUCGCGGCCGCGCCGGCCGCCGCCGCCGCCAGCCGGUACACACCACCGCAAGGUUAGGAUGAGGCGACAAGGACAGGGGCAGUACGGUGGAGGAGCAGACAUAAACUCCAUGGUGGCUGCUCAGUUGCAUCACUACCAGACACAACAAAGGGUUCAGCAACACCCUGAUAAUAACUACCCUGGAAGAGAUCCUGGGAAAGCUGCUGAGGAGCAGCAGUAUAGCGCCCCAAAGGUGAGGCAGAGUCAAUGGGAUCGAGGUGGUCCAAAUGCCCCGAAUCAGAUUCCAGCGUAUGCAUACAAUGAAGGUCAAAGUGCUCAGGGUGCACAAACCUUUUAUGAUGGACAGAGAUCUGAUUUAAAGGUUGGUCUAGAAAAGCAGCCCAAUAAAGAAUCGAGGGAUCGGCCUCGUAAUGAUAGGUUUGAAGCAAGGCGCGAGGAUUAUAAUCUCCCUCGUACAUUUGAAGGUCUAGAGCAGAAUUUUCAUGAAGACAUUGUGAUCCUAUCCAAGGAACUACAUGAUGCAGAGGAUGCUGAAAACGCCAGGCACAGGGAGAGAUUGAAUGAAAUAAAUGCACAAUACCAGGAGAAACUGUUGGCACUUCGAGCUCGCCAAGCAACCUAUAGAGAAGAAUUCUUACGCAAGGAGUCUCAGGCACGCCAGCAGCAAUACCAACAGGCUAGCAUGAGCAGUUAUGCAAACAAUGUAAGGCCCGGGGAGACUCACGGCUAUACUCCAAUUGCAGCAAAACCGCCGCCGCCUCCACCUGCUGCUGCUGCUACAGCUGGUGGUACUUAUGGAGAAGCUCAUCGGGGUUAUACUUCUGCCCAGUAUGACAACUUCAGGGAGCGUCCAGACUACCCAGAGUUCCGUGGUCGUGGCCGAGGUGAAGGUCAUGUUCUUGAGCACCGUGGUCAAUUCCCUGGUGGUCGUGCUUAUAAUUCUGGUGGCCGAAGAUUCUAGAGAUGGCUUCUUCAAACACAGCCAAUUGGCUCAUCUUUCUUGAUCUCAGCUUGGUGCGAAAUGCGAAUUGCAUUAGAUGCUUGGUUGCAGUCUCGUUUAAACCUAUAUACAUGGAAAAGCUGUUUACAAUUUAAACUGCUGGUAUGCAACCAUCAAACAACACCAGAUGUCACCGGCACUGUUGUGCUUGUUGUUUCCACCUACAACCCUGUAAUUCUGCUUCUUUGUAACUUGGUAGAGAAAGAUGAGAAUAAUUUAUACCAUACUCCCAUGGCUUCUCUGUU